CGCUGGUUGUUUAUAGCAACGCUCCCAGACAGCUGCCAUGGCUGCUUUACAGAGCUGGCUCAUUGUGCUCGCUAUCCGCUGGGCAGUGCCGUGCGUGUCAGAGAAGCCAGGGGACUCUACCUACCUAGAUAUAGCCGAGAUCGAGGAGUGGGAGGACACGGCGAUAUCUUUACUGAUGGACAACGAGACCACCCCCCUGGAGGGCACCUCAGUAUCCCCCUAUAACACAGAACAGGAUCACACUCCGACAUACUACGCUACUACAACAGCAGCCCCACACACCACUGAACACACUGACCGAGGGCACUCUCUCACUGAGACUCCAGGGACCAGCACCACUGAACACACUGACCGAGGGCACUCUCUCACUGAUCUCCCAGAGACUCCAGGGACCAGCACCACUGACCGAGGGCACUCUCUCACUGCUCUCCCAGGGACCAGCACCACUGACCGAGGGCACUCUCUCCCUGAUCUCCCAGAGGAGUCUGCUGUUACCCAGCCCCCAUUCAUCGCCAGAGACACUGAGCUGUCAGUGCAAUCUCGUGCUGUGACCCUCCCCUCCCCUCUCACCAAUGUUUCCAGUCUGUGUGUUUGUGAUCUGCUCGUGGACCAGUGUGAUGUAAACUGCUGUUGUGAUCCAGUCUGCACUGCUUCGGAUUUCAGUGUCUUCUCUGGAUGUUCAAUUUCUGUUGUCACAACUGACAGUCGUCUAUGUGUGCGGAAAACUGUUCUCUAUUCAAUCAACUCUUCUUCUGCCACUCCACAGAGAGUUGUCCAAAAUGUAGACAUAAUCAAUCCAGAUGUUUUCUGCAUUCAAGCAACAAACUAUGAGCCAGCGUUGUCCUUUAUUACUCCUGAUGUUCCAUCAGAGUCUAACUUUGAUAGUCUGCUGAAAGAGUUUGGGGGAAAUGUAUUUAAUAAUGAAGAGAACACUGCAAAUUUUGUUGGCUCCACUCAAGCACGCACAGCCACAAGAUACGAGUAUGGAUCACCGAUCUUAACUUCAGACUCUUUCUUUAAACUUCCUACUCCACUGGGUACCAACGCCUGCACAGAUAAUAGUCCUAUAGGUUUCCUCAUGAAUCAAGAUUUCAAAUGUAGUCGAAACACAGCGAUAACUCAAUGUCCUACUGUAUUAUCUCUUAGGACAUACACAGAUGUUGGCAUUUUGACUGUGCCAAAUUCUCAAAUUGUGAUUAAUGUUACAGUAACAUCUGUUACUCUGAAAUCACUAAAUGGGACUCUCACACCAGGAAGUAUUGCUGAUUUGGAUAACACUACACAAAAUUGCAGCUGGGUGGUUUUGGAGGGUAGUUACUUGAUGACCUAUACACAACAAGGUACAAUUACAAAUGUCACAACUUCUUUCACCCUGGGAGCAAUCGACAGUUUGGUGCUUCCUCUACAGCAAAGUUUUCAAAUUCGUUUUACUCAGGAAGGAACAACCCCAUCUUUUCUCAGUGGAAAUCCUGGUUACGUGGUUGGCUUACCUCUUCUGGCGGGAUUUAAAUUGCCACAGUCUGGUAUUAUUCAGAGUACAGACCGAUUCGGCCAACUGACCCUGUUGAAAAGCUCAAAGGACCAAAGCUGCUUGGCUGAAUAUGGCAACAGGGCAACAGUUUUAUUUGGUUAUAACAUGGUGUCUGGUUGCAUAUUGCGUCUUAGUUACUCUGAAACAGCAUUUUGCCAACUUGCAGCAGAUGUUGUCCUGAACGUUCUAAGAGACCAGCAGUUCCCAGAAUAUGUAGCCUCAUUUGGAAAUUCUCAACCACAGAAUGUGUUAGACUGGGUGCCGAUUGUUGAUGUUACUGCUGUUACUCCUACAGAAGUGAACACGUGUAAAAUGCCAGUGUCUUUAGAACUAGAAGUGAGAUGGACUAAAUAUGGAUCAUUGGUUAAUCCUCAAGCACAGAUUGUGAAUGUUACACAAAAGAUUACUUACAAUGCUAUCCCGACAGCUUUUCUUGGAAGUGAAAAACUUGUACAGAUCUUCUCUUCCGUCACUUUUGUUGAUGUGUCUGCAUCCGCAGAACCUGGUUACAAAGCUCAACCAACCUUUGAUGCCAAGCUGCCCUUUGAUUUCUUCUACCCAUUUGUAUAAUUAGCAGGUAGCACAUUAGGUUAUCUGAUUUAGCUCUGUAAAUAUUAAUUGGUAGCUGUAAAUGAUUACAGUGGGAAUUAUCCUGCUAUGUUUAAGUGCCACAAAGACAGGAUUUAAGCAAUAUCUUAACAUUAAAAACAUGACAAUGAUAUGUUGUGUUCUAGCAACAUGAUCCAUAACAUGGACAGAAUGAAUGCAAAAUGCAAGGUUACUUUGAAAGAUGUAACCGUCCAUAGAGAUAUACUUAAAGGGACACUAUAGUAUCAGUUAUGCAAAUGUGUAUUCCUGACACUAUAGUUCUAAAACACCAUUUAGGUGGUCGGCUCCCUUUCUCCCUAUUAUUCUUUAUAAAACACCAGCAAAUUCUGUAGCUCUGUAAAACUAAUUUACUCACCUUUUUCCAGCGCUGCACAGGGCUCCUCGCAU